GAGAAGCUCGUGGGUGAGUUUGGUCAGGAGGUCUUGGGCUGCAGAUGUGCUGGAGGUAAGACUACACAUGGCAACUGUGGGUAUCACUUCCACUUCAUGUCCAACGAGGAGAAACCCUGGUGUCGAACAAAAUUCGGCUGUGGACACUACUCCAUCAAAGGACCCUGGGUCUACUGUGACGAACAGAGCGUCGAGCGCCGUAGAGCCGACGAUGGCAAGCUGUACAACGCCCUGCAGUUUAAGAAGUUCUUCGACAAGGAGGGGAAGGAUAAGUGGACAAACGCUGCCAAGUACAUCGAAACGCGAGUUGCUCGGAACGGCAAGGCCUACACUGCAGGCGAGUUCCGUGACUACUACAUUGACUACUUGGGCGAGGAAGGCUGGGUGAAGGAAUGGUCCUCUUCGAAGGAGGAGUCUCGCAAGGCCAACGAUGGGAAGUUCUACACCUUCGACGAGUUUAUGCAGCACUAUGGCAAGGAGAAGGCAUGGCAAAUGUGGGACACUGCCACCAAGCUGCGCCCAGAGCUUUGA